AUGCGUGUCAAAUCCUCAUACCUUAUUCGACUACGACCUCGUCAACAGUCAAGAAAUAGCGAUGAUAACACUACUAUUGACAACCAAAAUAACCCUUUCAUGAAAGCAGAGGAAAUUCAAGGACAUCGCCACAGCCAACAAGUAAUAAUCCAGUUCCAAUGGAGUUGCCUGGAUUUAGAAGAGGAAACUCGACCACCUUGUCGUCAUAAUCCUCUGCCAAUGGGACUACCCGGUUUUAGAGAAAAUUCUAUUCGUAAUAGACAGCAAGCUGAUAAUUUGUUUUCCAAUGAAGUAGAGCAACAAUCAAAUAUUGCAUCCUCACAAAAACAAGAAAAUUUAACUUCUUCAUCAACGUCAUUUACAUCAUCAGAUAUACCUGAAUUAAAAGAAACUACUCCAGCAUCAUCAGAAAAUCCCCCUCCAAUGGGAUUACCCGGAUUCAGAGUGGGAAAUUCUGUAUCUUCAUCGUCAUUAGCUUUUGGAGAUAUCUCUAAUGCAUCAACACAGCAAAAUUUAUCUUCUAAUAAUAUGAUAAAAUCACAAGAUGAAACAGAAUCAGGAUCGGGUUGGAUUUUCACGUCAUCAAAUAAAAAUAUAGCAGAAUCAGCUGGUAAAAAUAAUAACUUCCUAGAUGAAGGAUUAACACCUACAAGAAGAGAACACAACACAGAAUUAUUUGGCAACCAGAGCAUUUUAACGGAAGAUUUCGAAGACGAACAAGUUGAUGAUGAACGAGAUGAUAGAAUUGUAAUCGAGAAUCAGGAGUCAGAAGAUAGCGAAACAGAUAGCGAGGAAGACCUGUACGGCCCAUUUAGUGAUAUAGAGGACUUGGACGAAGAUGAUUUUGUUUUUGACGGACGUUUGCCUAGUCCUGACAUUAUACCAUUGAUCGACAAUCCGGAAUAUUUGAAUGACCCUCGAUUUAUCGAACAUAGUGCAGCCUCUGCUACUACUUCUACAAGUGGAUUCAUUUACAACAGCAACUACGAUCUAUAUCCUGGUGGCAUCCGUCCAACACCACCUCCCCCAAACAGAGAUCUUUCCGGUGGUGCAGCUUCAUUACCAGUCCCACCAACUACUGCCGUCUUACUUUCACAAAUGCAGCGUGAAGCUAAACCAGAAGAUUUCAUCUCUGGCAGUACAGCCACAACUUCGGUUUCUUCGUCCGGUUCAACAUCAACUACUUCAACAUCCUCAUCAAGGAUACUUAUUCAUUACCUAAAGAAUGUCUAUGGAUUAUCAGUGCGUUCUGGUUCGCUAGUACUUUUCGCUUAUACAGCGCACUUGCAAUAUCGGGCGCCGCGUCUACUGGAUCGCAUAUUUGAUGAAUUUUUUGUUGAUACAGAUGAUGAAAUAACUGUUGAUUUCGGUGGUAUUAGUAGUAAUCGAAACAAUAGCAACAACAUCACAAGACCUAGUCUAAUGCAAUUGCGGCAUCAAGAUCCGAACUGGCCAAUGUAUUGGUCCGUUCUCUAUUCCCUAGACAAACAACCCAAUUAUUUGCCCCCGGCGAUGGCUAGUUCAGGAGUGGGGAACGUGCCAAUGCCCAACCCUAAGGUACAAUUCUUGGAAAAGUACGCGUCAAGGAUGAACGCAAAGUUCGCCUCGCGGAACGGUGGUGGACGCAUAGUAGGAGGGCUUGGUGUGAACAACAACAAACGCGGGCGACGUCACCAAGAUUGGCAUCUUGCUGAUAUUCGGCAAAAAAAAACGUAUCGGAUGUUAAUCAUGCAAAACAUCCGGUACGGUGAUGUCGACCUGCUAAAGUUUUAUUUGGAGAGGUAUGGACCCCCGAUCAAUAGUGUAGUGAGGAUGACAGCGGAAGAACAAAUCUUUCUCCAGCAGAACCGUGACCUGUCGGCCUUGUUAACGAAGUAUGGACCUUGA